AGAGAACGUACAGUGAAGAUGAAAUAGUUUAUGCUUUGAUCCCUUGGUAAAUAGCCUAGGGCUAUUAGGGUUACCCAUUACUUCCGUGAUAUGAACCCCAAAGCACAAUUUCCAAAAAUGCAUAUUUCCAAUCAAUUUAACUGCUUUGACAUGCAAAUAUAACACGUGGUUAUCCAUUAGUUAUUUCUGAAUGUGGCCAAAAUCUGCUAUACCUGAUGACAUUUUUAUGUCAUUUUGGAUAACCAGUCCAGAAGUCUGAAGAGGGAGGGCACCGGAGGAAAAUGAAAAAAAUAACCCUUUCGUGUGUCCCUGAAAGCCUAUUGGUCCACUUUUUUUCCCUGCUGCCACAAUACUGCAGACACGUAACCAUCCUGUUUUUAGUCAGUUUAAGCUUGCACUUAAAAUACAAGGCUUUUACAUUUGCUAUCUACAUAAGCACACUUUAAUGUCAUCUUGACAAAACCUCUGCUCGCCGAUUCGAAUCGCUGGAAGUGGACCAUGGCGGCUGCCACGAGCAGCAAUUCAUCCACAACCACGCUUCAGAUAAAGCAUUCCAGUAUCGAGCAUACGUGGAAACGCAUAGACCCUCGAAGGAGACAAGCCGCACUCUCUUUUCUCAGUAACAUUUCUUUGGAUGGUCGACCGGUGCAAGAUGAUGCCGACAAUCAGAUCGAAGAGGAUAAUCCAAUUGAGUCGAGGACUAGACAGAGCCUGGUUUCUGCAGCAGAGCGUCCUCUGUUCGCGGCUGGCAAUGGCACAGGGGUAGCGAACCCCACCGCUACCCAGGCGCUCGCUAUUGCAAACCAGGCUCUGAUUGCUAACGCACGAGAUAGUUUUGGGAUUGGUCCCGCCGCUGCAGCUCAAGCGUGUACAGAUCCGGAAGGGGAUGCUUUCGGCCCUUCGAUUUUCAGUUCGCCUUUCUCUGCAGUACCAGCCGCGAUUAGAGGCAGGCUUCAGACCUACACUCAGGGAGUUGUGCCUGCUGCCUACUCCAGGCAGGCUUCCCAAGGCUUCUGUUUGGAGGGAGGACAGAUAGCCAGCUCUGUCCUGGAGCUGCAGAGAUCAAGACGACGGCUCAUCUCUCAGCGAUCCUCCUUGGAGACACUGGAAGACAUUGAGGAGAACGCUCCUCUACGCAGAUGCAGAACCCUCUCAGGUUCACCCCGACCAAAGAGCUUCAAAAAGGUCCACUUCAUCAAGAACAUGAGGCAACAUGAUAUGCGCAAUGGAAGGAUAGUCCUAAUCAGUGGCAGAAGAUCCUUGUAUAGUGUAUUUUCUGUCCUGCCCUAUCGAGAUUGUAGCCAACCAGGGGAUGUGAAACUGGAAAGCGGGCGGCAGCGUCACCCCUCGGGCGGGGUCAGUGCCAAGGAGAUGGUGAUCGGGCUGGAGGGAGUGGAGCUGGGGGCCUAUGGAAAGACUGUAUCAUACACCCAGUUCCUGUACCCCACCAACGCCCUGGGCAGCGGACGCAGGAACACCAUCGACUCCACUUCAUCCAUCUCUCAGUCUCGUAACGCCAGCCACCGCAGCCUCAGCUUGGGCCGGGCCAACAGCAAUCAGAGCAGCAUCGACACAGGGAAUGAUCUGGGGGACUUGAUCCGGGAGUAUGACCCCAAUCUGUUGGACGAUCCCCAGUGGCCGUGUGGGAAGCACAAGAGAGUCCUCAUCUUCCCCUCCUACAUGACUACAGUCAUAGAGUACGUCAAGCCUUCUGACCUCAAGAAGGACAUGAAUGAGACGUUCAAGGAGAAGUUCCCCCACAUACGGCUGACCCUCAGCAAAAUCAGGAGUCUGAAGAGAGAGAUCCGUAAAUUGGCCCAGGAAGAGUGUGGCUAUGAGGAACCCACCGUAGCCAUGGCCUUCGUCUACUUCGAGAAGCUGGUCCUCCAGGGGAAACUCAACAAGCAGAACCGCAAACUCUGCGCCGGCGCCUGCGUCCUGCUCGCUGCCAAGAUUGGCGGAGACCUCAAGAAGCACGAGGUCAAGCAGCUCAUAGACAAACUGGAGGAGAGGUUUCGUGUGAACAGGAGAGAGCUGAUAGCCUUUGAGUUCCCUGUGCUUGUAGCCCUGGAGUUCAACCUGUACCUGCCUGAGCACGAGGUCAUGCCCCACUACAGACGCCUCGUCCAGACUUCCUAGCAUUAGUGACCCGUCAGGAGGAGCACGUAGACCAUGCCCUUCUGAUCCAGGACCAGAAUCUACACCACACCCUCCUCCCCACCCCACCACUGGGUGCCACGACCAUGUCUCCUCUCUGCAGCCUGGGGAUCCAUUAUGGACCAUGAUGUUGGAGCUCCACUACACUCUACUGCAGGCCACAUUCAUAUGUUCAUUUUCAGAUCGAGACUGGAAAGCAGCCAAAGUGACACGUAUUUCCUUACACGUAUUCUUCAACAUUUUUCUCAGACUUUUACUCCUACAUUCGACACUAGCUACAUCUUCAAAAGACUUACACUAUGAUUCAAAGUUUGGGGUCACUUAGAAAUGUCCUUGUUUUUGAAAGAAAAGCAAAUUUUUUGGUCCAUUAAAAUAACAUCAAACUGAUCAGAAAUACAGUGUAGACAUUGUUAAUGUUGUAAAUUACUAUUGUAGCUGGAAAUAAAAAAUGUUUUUAAAAUGGAAUAUCUACAUAGGUGUACAGAGGCCCAUUAUCAGCAACCAUCACUCCUGUGUUCCAAUGGCACAUUGUGUUAAAAGGCUAAUUGAUCAUUAGAAAACCCUUUUGAAAUUAUGUUAGCACAGCUGAAAACUGUUGUGCUGAUUAAAGAAGCAAUAACACUGGCCUUCUUUAGACUAGUUGAGUAUCUGGAGCAUCAGCAUUUGUGGGUUUGAUUACAGGCUCAAAAUGGCCACAAACAAAUAACUUUCUUCUGAAACUCAUCAGUAUAUUCUUGUUCUGAGAAAUGAAGGCUAUUCCAUGUGAGAAAUUGCCAAGAAACUGAAGAUCUCGUACAACGCUGUGUACUACUCCCUUCACAGAACAGCGUAAACUGUCUAACCAGAAUAGAAAGAGGAAUGGGAGGCCCCGGUGCACAACUGAGCAAGAGGACAAGUACAUUAGAGUGUCUAGUUUGAUAAAUAGACGCCUCACAAGUCCUCAACUGGCAGCUUCAUUAAAUAGUACCCGCAAAACACCAGUCUCAACGUCUACAGUGAAGAGGCGACUCUGGGAUACUGGCCUUCUAGGCAGAGUUGCAAAGAAAAAGCGUUAUCUCAGACUGGCCAAUAAAAAUAAAAGAUUAAGAUAGGCAAAAGAACACACAUACUGGACAGAGGAAGAUUGGAAAAAAGUGUUAUGGACAGACAAAUCUAAGUUUGAGGUGUUCGGAUCACAAAGAAGAACAUUCGUGAGACGCAGAAAAAAUGAAAAGAUACUGGAGGAGUGCGUGACGCCAUCUGUCAAGCAUGGGGUAGGCAAUGUGAUGGUCUGGGAGGGCUUUGGUGGUGGUAAAAUGGGAGAUUUGUACAGGGUAAAAGGGAUCUUGAAGAAGGAAGGCUAUCACUCCAUUUUGAUACGCCAUGCCAUACCCUGUGGACGGUGCUUAAUUGGAGCCAAUUUCCUCCUACAACAGGACAAUGACCCAAAGCACAGCUCCAAACUAUGCAAGAACUAUUUAGGGAAGAAGCAGUCAGCUGGUAUUCUGUCUAUAAUGGAGUGGCCAGCACAGUCACCGGAUCUCAACCCUAUUGAGCAGUUGUGGGAGCAGCUUGACCGUAUGGUACGUAAGAUGUGCCCAUCAAGCCAAUCCAACUUGUGGGAGGUGCUUCAGGAAGCAUGGGGUGAAAUCUCUUCAGAUUACCUCAACAAAUUGACAAUUAGAAUGCCAAAGGUUUGCAAGGCUGUAAUUGCUGCAAAUGGAGGAUUCUUUGACAAAAGCAAAGUUUGAAGGACACAAUUAUUAUUUCUAAACUUGUCAACAUUUUCUAUUCAUUUUGCAACUAAUUUCAUGUAUGUUUUCAUGGAAAACAAGGACAUUUCUAAGCGACCCCAAACUUUAACGGUAGCGUAUGAAAGGGAGAAUCCGAUCUUCCUCCACUUUGAAAAACAAACUAAAAAAUAUCAACACUUUUUACAUCCUCUGCUUUUUUCUGAGGUUUCAUGUCAUCUUUCUAGUUAAAGAGCAUUGCAAGAUUAUCUUUUUCAAAGCAAAUUAUUGCCUUGUGAUUGUUGGUUUCACUAAUCACAUUUUUAUUUUUAGAUCCCAUCUUUAUUUUUUUGAGAGAGAGAUGAUUGAUUUCCUUGGUCCCUCAUUCCUAUGUUGAACUUGGUAGCCCAAAGUUAGCUAAAGUUGUUCAGAACUAUUUCCUAAUCCUUCCUUGGCUUGUUCUGGUUGCCUUAUGAUCAUCAUACGAAUGAAUUGCGCUGCAGAAUGACAGGACUGUUAUCAACGUGAAUGUGCGUUUUGAAAGACAUUUUCCAGUCUCUCCUCAUUAUAAGUAUACUUUUGAAUAGUGCAGAUAUGGAUGGAUGUGAUUUGGAUGUCAUAAGGUGAAUGCACCAAUUUGUAAGUCGCUCUGGAUAAGAGCGUCUGCUAAAUGACUUAAAUGUAAAUGUAAUUUGAGAAUUACUUGUGAUGAAACAAACUGAUUCUGAUCAAGUUCAGUUGACUCAAACCACAAAAGGGCAAGUUGAUGUAAAUGGUUCUCCAUUUAUUUUCUCAUCCAUUUUCCCUUUUCUAUUUUCUAGCCACCAAUCCCACUAUCAGCAUGACAAUUUAUAAAAAAAUGUGUAAAAUACACAGAUUUAAUGGGAUUUUAUACUGUAUAGUAUUCAGUACAUUUAAGUACUCUUUUUUUCUACCUGUGGAGUGCUUGCUUUGGAUAUUCGGUGACUGGGCCUACUCUUAUCAGUGUGUAGUCUCCUGUGCUCUAUGUUAGAGUGUGUUAUCAGUGCGUUUCUCGUGCUAUACUGGAGUGGGUGGAAAGGUAUUGGAAGCAAGUCAUGAUGAUACCAAUGAUACAGGUCUGGUAUUGAAGCUGAACCUCUUAAUCACAAUAUCUGUCAUGACCACAGCAAGUGUUUAAAUGGCAUGGUAUCUGUCAUGACCACAGCAAGUGUUUAAAUGGCAUGGUAUCUGUCAUGACCACAGCAAGUGUUUAAAUGGCAUGGUAUCUGUCAUGACCGGCCCAAGUGUUUAAAUGGCAUGGUAUCUGUCAUGACCACAGCAAGUGUUUAAAUGGCAUGGUAUCUGUCAUGACCACAGCAAGUGUUUAAAUGGCAUGGUAUCUGUCAUGAUCACCAAUAUUGUUGUGCCACCAAUCUUUUAUGACGAGUAGUUCAAGCUCGAAAGUCACCUUUGGAAUGGUAUGCUAAUGGGAUUGUUGUGACAUCAUAGCAGUGUUACCAAGAGUUUCUCUUAUUUUAUUAGAUCCAACUUUAGUCUUUUGAACACUUAUCUUUUUCUUUGGUUUGAAUGGACAAAUCAAACAGGCCUUACAGAAACGAGCUUUAUGCUACAUGGACAUAUCCAUGUCUGAUCAGAAAGUUUAGGAUGGUGAAAAUCCUUUUGUCAUGCACCUCAGCCACACCCUAAGUGCAAUGCUUAUUAAAUUACCCUUUUCAAAUGUGUGUCGCUGUAAUAUUGACCUGUAAUGUUGGGUAUGUAUUCUCUCAAUCUGAAAUUGACUAUAGACUCUUUGAUACAACAACGUAGGUUGAUACUGAACUAUGUCACUGAGAAACAUGGAUACAUUGUUCAAGUAAAAAUAGACAAUGUGUGAAUUGCCAUGCGCUUGAAUCAGGCCUUUUGUAUACAACACAGAAGGGUUGGAUAAAACAAGUUUUAUUUGACUUUAAUCUGAUUGCUGUGAUUGAGUAAUCAGAAAAGAUGGAUAGUGCUGAAAUUGGGGUGAAAUACUUUUGGGAGAAGUUCUGAUUCUAUUUGUAAGCCCAAAAGGUUUUGUCAUAGGAUACCCACGUUUAGGCUUUGCCAGAAAGCUGAUGGUCAACAACAUCCAAAUACACAUGCGUAUGUUUGUAAAUAUACUGCUUUGCUUAUUCAAUAAAAACAAGAUUCCUGAAA